AUGGUACAAGAAAAAAUAAGAGGGGCGUGGAUAUAUUUUUUAGAAGGUAUGUGGUAUGUCCCACUUUUAUUUAUAGUUUUAUAUCAUAUUUAUAUUGAAGUUCAAAAAUCUAAAAAAUUGAAUCAAAAAUUAAAAAGGAUGUACUUAAAAUCAAUUCCAUUUCUGGUAUUUUUUAGUAUGAUGAUAGCAAUUUUAUUUAGAAUUGCAACAGGUAUAUUAGCAUGGAUAUUUAAUACUAAAGCACCACAUCUUAAUAAAAUUGUAUGUAUUAUUUAUGGAUGGAGUGUACAAUUUUUUGCAAUGGAAUUCUUUUUUAUUGUAUUACUUUUAAUGAAAUUAGCAGUUGUAUAUAUGGAUAAACGUGUACAUUUUGAGAGAGUUGCAACUGUUGAUAGAAUUAUAAUUGGUAAUGUUAUUAUGUCAUUGGUGUUUUAUACUACAAUCGGAGUUAUAGUAUUGGUUGAUGGUAGUUAUAGUAAAGUUAUCGAUACAACUUGGAGAUUAUAUUUCAUUUGUUCAGCCGCAUUAAUUACUGGAUCACUUGGUUUCUUUGGUUUUAAAAUUUUAAAACAAGUUUACCACAAUAAGAAUAGGACUCAACAUGAUGAAAUGCUUGUUUCAAAAGUUAAAGGUCUCAUUGGUGUUACAUCUUUUCUUGGUAUUGUACUUUGGGUUAUCAAUAUUGUUUAUGUUACCAUUGGAAGAGAUUCAGAUGCUGAAGAUUGGAUUAAUAUUGGUUUCUUUGCUCUUGAAUUAAUCAAUUGUUAUGCUGCAUUAAUUAUUUUUGGUAGAUCUGAAACCUGUAGAAAGAUUAGAUUAUUAUUAGGUUAUCCAGAGUCAAUGGUAGGCUCAGAUAGUAGUAAAGGUUCUAGUGGUAGUUCAAAUGGUGCCAAUGAAUUGGCUUUAUCUGUUACUCAUAUUUCAACUCAUUAUUCAAAUACAAUCGAUGUUCAAAUAUCUGAUUCCAAUAAUAUAAGUGUUUCAAAUUCUUCUGAAGUUUAA